GUCUCCACUAUAUAAAGUAGAAGCUGAAUGCAAGAGCUGUUGGAUGAGUUCCCAGUCGUUACGGGUAUCAACGCACUAGAGACCUAACUGACAAACUCACGGGAUUUAGGAAAUAAAUUAUGACACACAAUUGACAUUUUUAGGACGAAAAUUACACUUCACUAUUUUCUAUGUUUGCCGAGACAUCCGAAAAUUUCCACCGACAUCGUAAUCUUCAACCGGCGAGGACAGUGAAGGAAACCGGGAAAAUUCCGAGCAACACAGAGACAUCCAAGGACUGCCGCUGAUUUCCCUGGCGCGCAGAAAUUAUAAUCUUCAACCUGUGAGGACAGAUGGGGACACCGGAAUCAUUCCAAGCAACUCAGCUCGAACAAAUGGAUUGGAGAGUUCCAUUUCUCUGUGCAGUAGCAUGUCUUGUGUCACAGUUUAAUGCCACAGGUGGUGUGAAUACAUCUCUCUCUACAGCUCAGAGCAACUUGUCUCUGUGUUUCAUCUGCAUGACUGAGAGGUGUCAAGAUGUGACAAAGAUUUUCAAUUCAAUGAGCGAUGACAAACUUUGGAUGCAAGGUACUGAAACGUCUGCCCUUCUUGGCUGUUCCCUGACCUCGUCUCCCUCUUCUGGGAAGUGUGUGCCAUGUUUUGAGGACUGCAAGGUCUACAUUGUGUGCCUUGACAUGCCCAAGGACCUCAAACUGGACCUGGAGUGGGGCAGUGUUAGCAUUUUCCUUUCCAACACUGAAGCUACAUGCCCUAGACUGAAGGAAGCUGGACCUGUUGGUCAAGCUGGACACAACACCAUUGAGCUCUGUAACUGUUUAAGUCACCAUUGGCCUUAUGGUGAAAUGCCGGAGAGGAAGGAAACCUCACAGGAAACUGAGUUGGGAAGGAAAUUCACUGCUCGACUAAGGGACCUUACAGAAAAUUGUAUUUGUUCGGUACAAAGAUUAGGUAGUCUGUUUAAAAAUCAUGUUAAACACUCAUUGCACACAGUCCAUGCAACUUAUGGGACUUGUUAAGCACAUCUUUACUACUGAACUUAUUUAGGCUUGCCAUUACAAAGGGCUUGAAUACUUAAUGACUCAAGACAAUUCAGCUUUUCAUUUGUAACCAUUUCUAAAAACAUACUUCCCCUUUGACAUGAUGGGGUAUUGUGUGUAGGCCAGUGACUAACACAACAAUCUUGAAAAAGUCCAGGGCUGUGAAUACUUUCUGAAGGUACUGUAUGUAAUCAUUCCUGUACUGUCAUUACAGAUUGCUCCAGCAAUGUUUUAAUUUAAUAUUCAAACCGUAUUUUAACGAAAACAUGUCUCAUGGUUAUUUUCCGUGACAUUAGCCGAUUCAAUAACACAGAGAUCAGCAGUCUGGGUGUUCUCAGUGUGUUUGUCUUUUAACAGGUGGAGUCAGAAGUCUUUCUGGGCAUCCUGGUGAGUAAACAAAACCCACAGAACAGCAAUGCUCAGCUCGAGCUUCAGCGUGUACACCGAGAAUAAAGAUACAAACUCUGAAUACUUGGAUGUGGUGGUGUGAGCGAGAGACUUUGUUGUUCGUCGAGAAUAUUCUACAAAUCAAAUCUGAAGAUAAGCAAUGGGUAGUAGUGUAUAUCAGUGUUUGACGAUUCAUUUUCUUUGUGUUUAACUGCUCUCCCUGUCCUCUUCUCCCACAAAAAUCCAAACCCACCACUUCAAUCUCUGAUGGCACUGGGAGCUUAUACAAAGUAGCAAUGAUCGCUAUUGGCAUGUUAGCAGCUGCUAUCAUUGUCGCUUAAUACAGAAGCCAGACCAAAUCAAGUGAGUAAGCAGGCAGGGGCGAUACAGGGUUUACUGGCUCAACAAAUGUCCCUUUUAUAUUGGAGAAUACAGGAUUAACACACAUUUCUUGCUAACAAACUAUAGUUUUGGCAAGUUGGUUAGGACAUCUACUUUGUGCAUAAGACAAGUAAUUUUUUCAACAAUUGUUUACAGAUUAAUUCACUAUCACAAUUCCAGUGGGUCAGAAGUAAACAUACACUAAGUUGACUGUGCCUUUUAAACAGCUUGGAAAAUUCCAGAAAAUUAUGUCAUGGCUUUAGAAACUUCUGAUAGGCUAAUUGACAUCAUUUGAGUCCAUUGGAGGUGUACCUGUGGAUGUAUUUCAAGGCUUACCUUCAAAUUCAUUGCCUCUUUGCUUGACAUCAUGGGAAAAUCAAAAGAAAUCAGCCAAGACCACAGAAAAAAUAAUUGUAGAACUCCAAGUCUGGUUCAUCCUUGGGAGCAAUUUCCAAAUGCCUGUAGGUACCACGUUCAUCUGUUCAAACAAUAGUACGCAAGUAUAAACACCAUGGGAUCACGCAGCCGUCAUUCCACUCAGGAAGGAGACUCGUUCUGUCUCCUAGAGAUGAACGUACUUAGGUGCGAAAAGUGCUAAUCAAUCCCAGAACAACAGCAAAAGACCUUGUGAAGAUGCUGGAGGAAACCGGUACAAAAGUAUCUAUAUCCACAGUACAACGAGUCCUAUAUUGACAUAACCUGAAAGGCAGCUCAGCAAGGAAGAAGACACUGCUCCAAAACCGCCAUUAAAAAAAGCCAGACUACGGUUUGCAACUGCACAUGUGGACAAAGAUUGUACUUUUUGGAGAAAUGUCCUCUGGUCCGAUGAAACAAAAAUAGAACUGUUUGGCCAUAAUGACUAUCGUUAUGUUUGGAGGAAAAAGGGGGAGGCGUGCAAGCUGAAGAACACCAUCCCAACCAUGAAGCACGGGGGUGGCAGCAACAUGUUGUGGGAGUGCUUUGCUGCAGAAGGGACUGAUGUACUUCACAAAAUAGAUGGCAUCAUGAGGGUAUAUUGAGGCAACAUCUCAAGACAUCGGUCAGGAAUUUAAAGCUUGGUCGCAAAUGGGUCUUCCAAAUGGACAAUGACCCCAAGCAUACUUCCAAAGUUGUGGUAAAAUGGCUUAAGGACAACAAAGUCAAGGUACUGGAGUGUCCAUCACAAAGCCCUGACCUCAAUCCCAUAGAAAAUGUGUGGGCAGAACUGAAAAAGCGAGUGCAAGCAAGGAGGCCUACAAACCUGACUCAGUUACACCAGCUCUGUCAGAAUUCACCCAAUUUAUUGUGGGAAGCUUGUGGAAGGCUACCCAAACCGUUUGACCCAAGUUAAACCAUUUAAAGGCAAUGCUGCCAAAUACUAAUUGAGUGUAUGUAAACUUCUGACCCACUUGGAAUGUGGUGAAAUAAAAGCUGAAAUAAAUCACUUAUUCAUUUCACAUUCUUAAAAUAAAAAGUGGUGACCCUGACCUAAGACUGACUUUUUACUGGGAUUAAAUGUCAGGAAUUGUGAAACAUUUAAACUCAGUUUAUUUGGCUAAAGGUGUAUGUAAACUUCAGGCAGAUGUAUUUGAGUGACAUCUUUCAUGUAGUUGUCUUUACAGGUAUUGUCUAGUGUCCACUUCAGAAGUCCAUUCAGGAACACCAGACCCAGUUAGUUGUUAAAGACUGUCACAUCUACUGCUUCCGGCGCUACGCUAGUCGGAAACAUAUUAUGAAGUUAUUUGUGUUUUGACUAUUGAUAGUAUUUGCAUUACUGCAGUUAAAGUUAAUUGGCAAUGCAAAUAGUGGCCGUCACAAAGCCCUGACCUCAAUCCCAUUGAACAUUUGUGGGCAGAACUGAAAAAGCAUGUUCGAGCAAGGAGGCCUACAAACCUGACUCGGUUACACCAGCUCUGUCAGGAGGAAUGGGCCAAAAAUUCAACCAAUUUAUUUGUGGAAGGCUACCUGAAACGUUUGACCCAAGUUAAGCAAUUUACCAAAUACUAAUUGAGUGUAUGUAAACUUCUGACCCACUGGGAAUGUGAUGAAAGAAAUAAAAGCUGAAAUAAAUCACUACUAUUAUUCUGACAUUUCACAUUCUUAAAAUGAAGUUGUGAUCCUGACUGACCUAAGACAGGGUAUUUUUAUAGGGAUUAAAUGUCAGGAAUUGUGAAACUGCUUUUAAAUAUUCGGCUAAGGUGUAUGUAAUCUUCCAACUUCAACUGUAUUAGGAAACAAAUCCAGUGCCUUCAGAGAGUAUUCACACCCCUUGACUUUUUCCACAUUUUGUUGUUACAGCAUGAAUUUUAAAUGUAUUGAAUGAAAAGCUGAAAUGUCUGUAGUUAAUAAGUAUUCAACCCUUUUGUUAUGGUAAGCCUAAACUUCAGGAGUAAACAUUUGCAUAACUAGUCAGAUAAUAAGUUGCAUUCACUCUGUGUGCAAUAAUGUUUAACAUGAUUGUUGAAUUCCUACCGCAUCUCUGUACCCCAACACAUACAAUUAUCUGUAAGGUCCCUCAGUCGAGCAGUACAUUUCAAGCCCAGAUUCAAAGACAAAACCAGGGAGGUUUUCCAAAGCCUUGUAAAGAAGGGCACCUAUUGCAGAUGGGUAAAAAACCAAGGAGACAUUGAAUAUCCCUUUGAGCAUGGUGAACAUUGCUUAAAAAUAUACAGUGGUACUCAGUGAUGUGUUGUUGGAUUUGCUCCCAAACAUAAUGCUUUGUAUUCAGGACAAAACAUGCAUUUUUUUGCAGUUCUACUUUAGUGCCUUCUUGCAAACAGGAUGCAUGUUUCGGAAUAUUUGUAUUCUGUACAGGCUUCCUUCUCUUCACUCUGUCAUUUUAGGUUAGUAUUGGGGAGUAACUACAAUGUUGUUGAUCCAUCCUCAGUUUUCUCUUAUCACAGCCAUUAAACUCUGUAACAGGUUUAAUAUCACCAUUGGCCUCAUGGUGAAACCCCUGAGCGGUUUCCUUCCUCUCUGUCAACUGAGUUAGGUAAUUGACUCACAGGUCUGUAUGUAAACCCAUACGUCUCCUGCAAUAGAGCCUUUGGCAUUUAUACAGUCCUGACCACACAAACACAUCACUGAGUACCACUCUUUAUGUAUUGUCCUCACUGCAUGUGUAAGUGCGGUUACACUUUACGUUAGUGCCCUUACUGUUUAUUACAAUCACAGUAUAACAAGUGUAGUAAAUUAUUGUUACACUACCCACAUUGCACUUAGCAUUAAGGUUACUGCUGUGAAUACAAUACUUACACUAAUUGUAACAUGCGAGAUAUGAACCCGGGUCUACCAUGGGAGAAACCAUCAUCUUGAACAAGAGAAAGUUCCCUACUGGCCCGAAGGGGUGCAGGCAGGGCUACCCAUCACGUGACAAUAAGCAACCAUUACUGACUCAUGUCUGCUACAUGGGUACGUGAGUAGUAACACAGUAUUAAGGGCACUGUAAUGUAAAGUGUUGCUGUAGUAUAAACUCUACUGUCCAUUCAUUCUUGUUUUGUUUUUCUCCAUAGACCCAAUUGUCUUGACCAUCUUUUUCUGCAUCGGAGCUGGCUUCAUCACAAUGUAGAAUUAAGUACCUUACGGUCAUUGUUUUGAAUUUAAAAAAGGUCAAGAAAGCUAAGACCAAUUUCAAAGCAAGAAUUUUGCUAGGACAAAAGAAAGGUUUGGAACGCUCUUAUUGGUCUAACUAAUUUACUGCCUGGUGGAAAACUCCAUCCCACCAAAACAGGCAGAAUUUUCAGGUGUUUUUUUCCAAACUGCUCUUACACUAAAAGGGCAUCAUUUUCACAGUAUUAUUCCAAUCUCAUACUGUGGAAAUAUAUAAAACACUGGAAAAUCUAGUUUGACUGUGUGAUAUGGUGGGGUUGAACCUAGGUGCAGAGAAUGGACCAGAUGAGGAACUAAUGAUUUUAAGGAUAAACAAAUACUUUACUGUGAAAAGAUAACCGUAACACAGGAGAAAACAACAAACAUUCGGACUAGAAACUCACUCAGGGGACAAACACAUCAAAAAUAAAGCUUCUGCAAAGAGAACAGAAAACACCUCUUUUAAAGGGGGAAAAUCAUGAGGAAAUGGGAAACACCCGAGUGUAAUAAGUCUCUGAUGCCAGGAGGAACCAGGACAGACUGCAGUGGGCCUUUAAGUGUUACUGAGAUUUUACUAUACAGUGUUUUUGUAGUCACAAAAGCAUGACCACAACUUUUAUGCAAGAAAACAAAUAGAUGAUUUGUGUAAAUGCAGCCUUCUCUGUUUUGCUCGCUCUGUUGCUCUCUGAUCAUGCCUAGAUUAUAAAUGCCUCAAUGUCAAUGUUGCCUUGUAUGUGAAUUACAUGUAAUGAAAUCCAUUUGCCUUGGA